AUCUAAACACCCACAGAGCUACUGACACACACACACACACACACACCAACAGAGCUCCCUCUUGUUAAGCUGUUUCAUUUUUUUAUAUCGGAAGGACCCGAGGAAGCUGCAGGCAUCCAUCCCUCCGGUUUGUUCCUCCCGCUGCAACUCCGGAGUUCAACUGGGAGGAAAAACAAGUUAACAUGACGGAAUGGGAGUGAAUGGGUUGCCAGGGAGCCUGAUCCGAGCGGAGUGAAUGGAGGCAGCAGCAAACUAAACUGAGAAUGGAGGACGGCUUUUCCAGCUACAGCAGCCUGUAUGACACCUCAUCCCUGCUCCAGUUCUGCAACGAUGACAGUGCGUCGGCAGCCAGCAGCAUGGAGGUGACGGACCGCAUCGCCUCCCUGGAGCAGCGGGUCCAGAUGCAGGAGGAUGAGAUCCAGCUGCUCAAGUCCGCUCUGGCCGACGUGGUUCGGAGGCUGAACCACUCAGAGGAGCAGCAGGCCAUGGGGUCGCGCAGAGGACCCACCAAAGAGCCCACUAAGAUGAGAAAAUCCCCAUCAGCAGACAGCAGUUUUGGCAAGUCAGCCAGGCCGAUGAUCGCCACUCUGCCGCUGCGGCCCACGGUCAACAACGGGACCGUCCUGCCGAAGAAAGGCAGCAGCACCCUGCCCUCCCCGUCGGGACCCGGGACCCGGAAGGACGCCGGCCCGGCAGCCAACAAGAGAAUUUUGUCCCUCAGGACAGGAUCAGCAGUCUUUGAAACUCUCUGCCUAAGUAGGAGCACUGUGAGGAGAGCCAACUCAAACGAACACGUGGGGACUCUCGCUCGCAAGGAUUCGGGCGACUCCAAAGGGAACCGAACCCGGGCCGGGUCAACGGGCAGCAACUCCAGCGGCAAGAGAAGCGACAGCAAACAGAGGGAUCCAGUGUUCAAUGCAGGGAUGCGACGUGUGACCCACUGCAAAGAGGAAGGUUAUGUGAAGAUGUUCUUGAAGGGACGACCCGUCACCAUGUUCAUGCCUAAGGACCAAGUGGACAGCUACAGCCUGGAGGCCCGAGGCGAGCUGCCCAGCAACAAGCUCAAACUGGACUGGGUCUACGGUUACCGCGGCAGAGACUGUCGCUCCAACCUGUACCUGCUUCCUACGGGAGAGACGGUGUAUUUCAUCGCCUCCGUGGUCGUCCUGUUCAACGUGGACGAACAGCUGCAGAGACACUACACAGGACACACGGACGACAUCAAGUGUUUGGCCGUCCACCCUGAUAAAAUCACGAUUGCGACUGGGCAGGUGGCAGGAACCUCCUCAGACGGAAAACAGCUGGCUCCUCACGUCCGCGUGUGGGACUCUGUCAGCCUCAACACGCUCCACGUUCUGGGCACAGGCUUCUUCGACCGAGCGCUCGUCUGCCUGGCUUUCUCCAAGUCGAAUGGAGGAAACACGCUUUGCGUCGUGGAUGACUCCAACGACCAUGUCCUGUCUGUGUGGGACUGGCAGAGAGAGGAGAGGCUCGCCGAAGCAAAGUGCUCCAAUGAGUCGGUGUUUGCUGCAGACUUUCACCCGACUGACAGCAACAUUGUUGUGACUUGUGGCAAGUCUCAUCUCUAUUUCUGGACUCUGGAGAAAGGCAUGCUGGUCAAAAAGCAGGGGCUGUUUGAGAAACAGGAGAAGCCCAAGUUCGUUCUGUGUGUGACCUUUGCUGAAAAUGGCGACGCUAUCACAGGAGACUCCAGUGGAAACAUCCUGGUGUGGGGAAAAGGCACUAAUCGCAUCAACCGCGUCAUCCAGGGAGCUCACGAGGGCAGCAUCUUCGCAGUGUGCAUGCUGAGAAACGGUGCUCUAGUGUCCGGAGGGAAGGACCGGCGGCUCAUUUCGUGGGACAGCAGCUACCAGCAGAUCCAAACAGUGGAGGUUCUUGAGUUUUUUGGUCCAAUCAGAACCAUAGCAGAGGGCAGAGGGGAGACCGUCCUCAUCGGCACCACCAAGAACUUUGUUCUGCAGGGCAGCCUGGACGGAGAAUUCAUACCUAUCACUCAGGGUCACACUGACGAGCUGUGGGGUCUGGCCGUUCAUCCCUGGAAGCCCCAGUUCCUGACCUGCGGCUACGACAGGCAGGUCUGUCUGUGGGACUCCAGCACUCAUCAGCUCAUCUGGACCAAAACCUUGGAGGAUACAGCUCAGUCAGCAGGUUUCCACCCAUCAGGAGCCGUGGUUGCCGUGGGAACCCAGACUGGCAGGUGGCUGGUUCUGGACACGGACUCGAAGGAUUUAGUUACGGUUCACACAGACGGGAAUGAGCAGCUGUCGGUGAUGCGCUACGGCCCAGACGGUAACUUCCUGGCUAUCGGUUCCCAUGACAACUACAUUUACAUCUACGCCGUGGCAGAAAAUGGCAGGAAGUACAGUCGGGUUGGGAAGUGUUCGGGUCACUCCAGUUUCAUCACCCAUUUGGACUGGUCUGUGGACUCCCAGUAUCUGGUCUCAAAUUCAGGCGACUAUGAGAUUCUCUACUGGAUCCCGUCGGUGUGUAAACAGGUGGUCAGUGUGGAGACCACCAGAGACAUCCAGUGGUUCACUCACACCUGCACUCUGGGCUUUCAGGUGUUUGGGUUGUGGCCUGACGGCUCAGACGGCACCGACAUCAACGCAGCGUGUGCGUCCAACAACAAGAGCCUCCUGGUGACUGGAGAUGAUUUCGGGAAGGUCCAUCUUUUCUCAUACCCAUGUUCACAGUUCAGGGCUCCAAGCCAUGUUUACCGGGGCCACAGCAGCCACGUGACAAAUGUGAGCUUCCUUCAUGACGACAGCCAUCUGGUGUCGACCGGCGGGAAGGAUAUGAGCGUCCUGCAGUGGAGGAUAGUCUGAGCAGCCGAACUGAACAGAACUGCACUAAAAUGAACCAAACUAAGAAAAAAAAAAAGACUCCAAAUAAGAAGUGGAUGUGAGUGAUGGGAAGUGGUUGAAAUGCAGAACUUUUUCUGUUUUCCGUUUUUUUUUUUUUUUGUCACACUA